AUGCUGGCAAGGGCUUCAUUUCAUUCAGCGUGGACUACGAUUGCUUCUUGGGAAAAUGGAGAAAAACCUAAGCUUUUGGAUGAAGUUAUCCAGCUGGACAACAACUCAGUUAUUACAAGGACAUGCAGGGAUUUCUUGAUAAAAGUCACCAUAGAUGAUGAUCAGGGUGUGAGAGAGUACUGGUUGAACUUUACCACUACUGAGAUUACUACGGAACCUGUUCUUCCAACACCAGGGAGCCAAGUCAAUAACACGGAAUUUUCUCAGGCGAAUACUGCGGAACCUGUUCCUCUAACAACAGGGAGCCUGACUGCUAUCAGUGUGGGGAUUACCGUUGGAGCGAUUGUGUUCUCUGUAAUCAUUGGGGUCUCUUUAUACCUCUGUUUGUCUAAGAGAAAGAAACAGAGCUUCCUAUGGCUUUGCAAUGCUCUCAAAAAGCGGUUCUCCACGGAGGCAGAGAGUUCAGAGCCAGGAGAAACUAGACACCUUUCAGAAGGGCAAGACACCUCAGCUACUGGGAAUCAACCAAAUGGUAUAAGCCUGGAGGAAGUCGUUGCCACUUAUCCAUCUGGCUGUGGGGAAAAUGGGGGGGCGAAAGACAACCCUCAUGGAUCUGUGCAUGAUAUCAGUGUUCGUCCUCGCUGUGACGCUGCCAACAUUAUGGCAAAGGAGGAAUUCCAGCCGACUGCAAAUGGACACCUAAACAACCCUGACGUCAACGGAGCCUCUCAUCAUGGAGACAUGAACAGUGUCAGGAACCUGAGAGAUGAUCCAGGCGGGAGCGAUGGAGAUGUGAGAGAGGAUUCUGACACAGAAGCUGAAGCCGAACCUCUGGUGAACAAGGGCGGCCAGAACCAAGACCAUGUCGGCAGGUGCUCUGCUACACCUGAACCUGACGUGGAGUCAAAGACCGGAGUGAAGAACUUUGGAGAUUAUUGAUAGAUACGACAACAACAGCUACUGGUUUAUCAGUAGUAGUUAUAAUAGUAAUAAUAAUAAUAAUAUUGAUAAUAAUAAUAUAUAUUAUAUAGACUAUAGAAUAUUUCUUACUUGAUCCUUUUGGGUGCAUUUUCUGACAUUUCCUUUCAGAUGAGCCUGACGUGCACAGUGUUGAGUCAUUAUUACAUCAGUUCAUCAUUCUGAUCACAGAAAACUUUGACAAUCCUGAUGGAAAACUGUGUCUAAAUUACUUUCAGUUGAACAUUGAGGCACAGGACGACCUACAGCACAACAUCGUAUGGCAAUAGUAAAUGUAAUGAUAAUAAAAGCUUAAUAGUCAGUUUAAUAAACACUUGAUGAAAGGGUGGGUGGACCACAUCAGAAAAUGUACUCAAAACACACCUGUGAGAUUACUUCAUUCAUUCUUAGUGUAUGAAGUGCAAUAUAAAUAACUAUUGUAUGACGUGUUAUAUAUUGUAUAAGGUGUUUCAAACAUUAUACAAUGCGGUGGAGGGGUUAUAAAAUCCAAUAGGUUUUAUUUUGGGACCUUUUGAAGGUCUUUAAGCUUUAUAAUCCUACAGAUCUCCCUAAAAUCCUUUGGGAUUAUGUGAGGAUGUUAACAUGUCAAGUCAGUACUUGGUGUGAUCUAGCUAAAGGAGAAUCUUCUUUUACUCCUUUUAUACAGUUUGUUUUGGUUUUGUUUUUUUGUUUUUAUCAGCUCAAUGAAAUCGAAUAAUAAUAUUAUAAUGUUGUUUUCUGGUGUUUGAUUGGUUCUUUAACCUGAUUUGCUUUUUAAAUUUUGCUUAGUAUAAGUUUUUUUUCUGUAUUAGUUACCGUGCUUGUAUUUGUGAUUGGACAUCUGAUUAUGAUUCAAUAUUUUACUCUUAUUUCCUAUGUAUACAAUAGCAUUGAUUUAGCUUUUAAAUGUAUCUGUUUCAUUAUGUAAUAACGGCAUUAUAUGUAAUAAAAAUAUGCCAUUUUGUCAUGAACUUUACACUGAUCUUAUGGCCCUUUUGUUUUACUUUGGUUUCUAAAUUACUGAAGGCAAAGCAGCACUUGAAGUAUCAGCUUUGAACCACAUGGGGGCAGUGAUUAGUCGUACAGUCCUACAACACUGAGCAACGUCAUCACACCUACUUAUGUUAAAUAAUCCAAAUGCAUAAUUAUUCCAGACUGCAAAAGCUUUCUCAAUUGUACCAAAAUUUGCAAAAACGCAUAUAGUUUCUUUACAUUCUGUAGUUUCAUAAUCAAACCAUGUGGCCAGAAUUAAACAUGCUUUGUAAUAA